GAUUGACUGUGAAAUUUGAAGGCGGAUUGGUAGUUGUUUAUUUUGAAAAAAUAUGUGUUGAAUAAUAAAUACUUUGUUUUCCGCUAUCACUGUUACUGUAUGUAUAUUAUUAGUACUGAAAAUAAUUGGACACAAACUACCAAAAAAUGAUUCACGAUGCAUUAUUAAUCCUUUGGGAUUGUUCUCAAGUAUCAGAAGCCCAACAGCAAGAGCCAGCAACUUACGGUCAUGAGGGUGAUGCUGCCGUUUUUAAAAGGAUAUGCGGAAUUGCUAAGAGUCACCACAAGAUUCAAAACUUUGUGAUUGCUACUAGUUUCCAAUCACGGAGAGAACAUUCAGCAUCAGGUCACAGGACUUUUGGUUUAUACGGCCAGGCUCUUAGUGAAGGAAUAUCAGAAGUGUUACAAUCCUAUAAGAAAACCCUUAAAGAUAUUGAAGAGUUAGUCAUAGCUAACAAAAACUAUACACUUGCCUUUGUAUAUAGUUACGUUGAAAAGUUUCAAGGUCUGUUUAACACAUUGACUAGAAUAAUUACAACUAUCAAAGAAAGAAGAUUGAUUGGUUGUCAGAUAUUAAGUCUCCUGCAUCAAUACAUUUUGAGUGGUAAUGAGAUGGUUCAUGAGGCAAUAGUCAAAAUAUUUACCUGUAUAAAUGCAGUAUUCAUAAAUCAACUCUGCACUUGGCUGCUGUAUGGUGAAUUAAAGGAUCCCUAUGAGGAGUUCUUUGUGUAUGGCAUUAAAAAAGAUGAUUCAUCUGAUACAUUUUUGUCCUGUCCCUCGACAACUAACACUGGGGACAAGUCUCUUGUAUCAACUUUGCAACAAACUCCCCUAGACUGUGGUUAUAAUUUGAAUCCCACAAUGAUACCAUACUUUAUACCAUUGUCUUUGGCACAAGAAAUUUUGUUUAUUGGUAAGACUGUCAUAUUAUUUGGAUUUGAUCCUAAGAAAGUGAAGAAGAAUCAUAAUAAUUUUAGUAUGAAUAGAACUGUUAUGCCUCUACAGAAAAUCAAUAUUGAAUCUAGGAGGUUUACUAUAUGGGAAGAAAAAGAAGCUGAGUUUCAUGAAAAAUUACAAAAACUGAAAAAUCCAGAAGAGUUUGAAGUGUGUAACUUGAAAUGUGUUGUCAGAGAUAUCAAGGAAUGUGUUACAAAGCACCUCUGGACUGUAGCAGUUGAAGAAGCCCAACUCUUACAUGAACUCCGUUUAAUGAAGGACUUCUAUCUGUUGGGCCGAGGAGAGCUAUUUCUCGAAUUGUUGAGACUCACCUCUCAUAUCUUGGAUAAACCCACUACCCGGACUUCUACUAGAGAUAUGAAUCAUGCAUUUCAACUGGCUGCUAGAGCUGUAUUGUUGGGCAACAGUGCUGAUAUCGAGAAAUUCAGUUUCGAAUUGCCAUAUGUGAAGCCAAAUGUAUCAGCUAACUCUUCUCUCGAUGACAGUAGCAGUACAGUGGCUGAUGGUUGGUCAACAAUAAUCCUAAAGUAUGACUUCAAAUGGCCUUUGCAUUUGCUUUUCGCGCCGGAAGUGUUAGCGAGAUACAACGACAUGUUCCGACUGCUCUUGCGCAUUAAGAAGACGCAACAUGACUUGCAUAAACUGUGGAAAACAUAUAAGCAUUCGACACGUUUCAGUACCUGCCAACUCCACAAUAAGCUGAUGUUCCUAAUGGACAACCUGCAACACUACUUACAAGCAGAUGUGCUCGAGACCAACUUCUCUCGGCUAAUGGCUGAGGUGGAAAACACUAAUGACUUUGAGCGGUUGAAGAGAGCUCAUGCUAACUUCCUAGCUGAUGUGUUGAGUCAGUCAUUUUUGACAGUCACGUCUGAAGAUGGCGAGUGCUCAAGUGAUACCCUGAAUUGCCUCAACAACCCAGUACUAAGUAAUAUAGUGGAGUUAUUGCGAUUGUGCCAUUCGUUCUGCAGUCUCAGUGAGUUCGCACCUGACCCUACCAAAGAAGAUUAUUAUAUACGGGGUUAUUCUGAAAGGUUCAACAAGCUAGUAACGCAGCUGAUGCAACUGCUGGCGUCGGUCCGCGAGCGGCCGAGCGGCGUGCACCUCGCGCGGCUGCUCAUGCGCCUCGACUACAACCGCUGGCUGAGUGCGCAUGCGCACCUGUCGCGAUCCGUUACCGAUAUGCUGAGGUACUGAUGAGGCAGCUGGCCUAUUAACUGUGCUACGUGGGUUACAAUAUAAGACGGCAAGUUUACCGGGCCUGGUGUAUCGGAUGUGAAUUCUGAAUGUAUCAUGUCAGUAUAUCAAGAUAUUGAUUAUCGAAUGCUCUGUCAAAUAUUCUGUAUUAUUGAUUGGAGAUGUAAUGGAACUGGAAUAAUGUCCGGUUAGGUUAUGAUUUGUAUGCAAUAUUGCUUCAUUGCCGAACUUUCAUGCAAUGCUCGAGAUGGAAGCUCUAAUACUAAUAACUUCUCGUGCUGUAAUAGAUAUAUGAAUGUCAAUUUUUAGAUCUGAAUUGAAUAUUUUGUACUACAUAGAUACCAUGUAUGAUAUGCCAUAGUACCUACAGCAAAUAGAGAUCUAACCUGAACUCUUAAGCAGGUGAAUGACAGAAAUCAGAGUACAACAAAAUAUGAUUUUAUACUUUGAACAAUGUUUAUGAGCCUAAAUGAGUUCCUUUUGAUGUCAAUGCCAGGAUUUCAUUUUUUUUUUUAUG